CAGCCACACAUAGAACUUUUCCCCUCAGGGUUAUUACUCCGAAGGUGCGAAAUGUUACUUUGCAACGAGUUGCCUACUACAUAAUACGAGUAUUUAUUUGUAAGUACAUAGGUAUAUUUUGAUUUAUGAAUUACUAUACUAGGAGUGUAGACCAAUAUUGGACCAAAACGAAAAUGAAUUGGACGUCAGAUUUAGGAGACCUAUAUUACGUCACACCAACCCCGCAAUACCAUGAAAAAUUCUACAAUUACUACACGGCUUUGUCAAUGAACAGUUCUACGAAACAUACCUAUCUCAAAAAAUUCCGAGAACGGUACUUCGAAGCUAAAUUUGAUUCUAAAAUGAAGGACAUAGAAACAUCCGCAAGUAAAACGCCUUUUUCACUUUACAUAUACUUAUUUCUCUAUUUGUAAUAUCUACAUGCUUACCAAGUUUGAAGUUACCACAUGUUAGCGUUAACUGCUACAUUAGAAUUACGAUUGUUAUUUUCUUAUUUUUACUUGCUUUAGACGUACAUAGAGACCUUUACAAAAAUGAUUCGAGAGCGACGGUCAAUAUCAUUAAAUCACUUUACACCAUGGUCCAUGCUCUGGAUAAAGUAGAUCCCGAUAAUCCUUAUUACCGGAUGUUUGCAGCUUUCAAAAUCGAUGAAGUCAAAUUUGAAUUUUUAAACGAAGAAUUGAGCUUUAGAAACUACAAAGGUCUACUCGACAGAGAAAAAUUUGAUAUACACAAAUUUAAAACAACAGGAGAUCACUCGUCGGGUGACUUCAUCAAGAUCGGAGAAUAUUUGAAAGUUGGUUUUUGGAGUGAUGAAGAUCAAAUGCAAAUAAAAGGAAAAAUAAACAUAGAUGACACGCAUUUCAAGUAUUCAACUAAUUAUCCGAAACAGACAUGUAGUAAACAAUGUUCUGCGGGACACUUCAGGAAACCACGGAUCAACAGAUGCUGUUGGGAAUGCGUUGCCUGUAAUGAUUCUAAAGUAUCAAAUGGUGAAACUACUUCGUGCAAGAAAUGCGCAUUAGAUACAGUUCCAGAUCAAAACAAAAGUGCCUGUAUACCAAUAACAGAGAUUCUUCCGCUACCAACUAAUUGGAACGAUAGCCAGAAUUUAAUAUCAAUUGGAAUGUCUUCAUUUUCAAUCAUAUUGACGAUGAUUGUAAUAUGGGUAUUUGUCAAGUAUCAAAAUACUCCGGCUAUCAAGUCAACCACCAGAGAGCUAUGUUACGUAAUGUUCGCGGGAAUUAUUCUGGUAAACGCUUCACUCUUUAUUUCGGCAGUGAAUUUGAACUUCAGAACAGCAGAUACAAAAAUUUUACUAGCAGUUGGAUUCACAAUGAUAUACGCCGCUCUGCUAGUGAAAACCAAUCGCAUCGCACGCAUAUUGGUCACAUCCAAACAUAAAUUUGCCAACAUGAACCCUAAAUAUGUGUCGCUGAAAACUCAGAUUUUAAUAACUUCAAUAUUGAUCGGAAUAGAAGUAGUAAUAUGCUGGUUCGCAGUGAAAUUUCAUGAUCCAGAUCCAGACAUGAGAGGAAGUGACCUCGUUUUGAGAAGGUUUUAUUUGGACGGUGUAUUUUUCAUCAAGAUAUUUGCUUUUGUUGCAUUAUUGAUAUUGUUUUGCACUUAUUACGCGUUCAAAACACGAAACCUUCCAGAAAAUUUUAACGAGACUAAAUGCAUUGGUUUCGCAAUGUACACCACGGUACUAACAGCAGUAGCAUUCAGCAUGGUAUAUUUUGCUACCGAUUCGAGUAAUAAAAUACUGGCGAUGAACUUAUGCGCUUCGAUCAACACCCUGACAAUUUUGAUUUUCUUGUUUUCACCGAAAUUGUAUAUCAUCUUGUGGAAGCCUGAGAGGAAUACUAGAGCCUACUUUUCACCUGUUAAAUCCGGUAUUCGAAGUUACAUUGGUAAUGCAUCGCGUUCCAAAUCACGCAAACCACAAAAUCAGUGUUACUCGCUUGAAACCUCACUGUCACAAUCCAGCUCCCAUGAUGCAGUAGAAAAUUCAAAGGAAUAUGAUCGAAAUGUCAUCGAAAAAACAAUCAAAGAAAUUGCCAUUCAACUGAAAGAAUUAAAUCUAGAUGCAUCGAAGGAGGAAAUCAAGACAGACGAUUUACAACUUUAUGAAAUGAUAGAUGAUCUACAAAAAGCAUAUGAAAAGAUCGAGAAAAUAAAACUGAAACAUAAAGUGGGCGUGAAUCGAGUAUAACACAAACGAAGUCAAGUAGAACACAAGAUAUUUCCAAGGCACAUGUUCCAAUACUCCAAUUGAUCGACUUUAAAUACAGAGCUUGGUAAAUUGAAAUUACCAACUUUUAAAUAUAUUCUGUAGAUACGUCAGGUCAACUGACUCAACUGUCGUACGUACUUGGCACACGUUAUUCUUUUGUUUUCCAAUGUACAUAAUUAGCUGGAAUAAAAUGUAAUUAAC